GCUCAAUGAGCAAAGUGGCAAUAAUAAUUUAAUUAUCUGUGGUUUUGGGGGACAGUAUAUUUUUGCAGGGUGUUAUGUAGCAAAGUCUCACCAUGAUGGGGAUUGUAUUUCAGAUAAAGUUAAGUAUACUUCUAUUAUACGUGGCUUGUUAUACUGUAUAUCCUUGCAAAUCUUGCAUGGCUAAUUUGCAGUUUAUUUAGGUGUAUGCGGCAGACUUCAACUAUACAAACCAUAAGUGGUUUCCCUUCAUUUAUGAACACUCCAGUGUAUGAGUUAUUCUCCCUGUGUUGUCUACCUGAGAACACGUUUAACAUGGUAAUUGGCUAAAUACGUGUUGCUAACAAGUGAGCUUGCUUUUAUUGGGUAGGAUGGGCUAUGUGUAUAUAAAUUGCAAUGGUGCAGUUAGAGUCAUGGUUCACCUGCAUUCAGCAUGACGUCUAGGAAAAAGGCAUCACAAAGAGAGGAAAGGGAGGGUCCUCCUUGCAUAUUCACAAGGCUUCGUGAUUUAAGUGCAAAGUGUUUGCAGACCACCAUAAGCUAUGUGCAUGAAGACCAGGAAGAAAUGCAUGACUCUAUUACACCUAUCAGUUCCUGUGGGCAGAUAAUUGAUUUAAGGAACCAAAUCAAGCAGCAAUUAACUGAUAUGAAGACAGAUCUGCAAAUAAGGGGACUCUCCAAAGACAUGGCAGAUGGCCCUCUCAAUAUAAGCCUGACCAUGGCCUUCCAGCCCUUAGAAACUGAAAUGUGCUCCAUGAAAAAUAAGGAAAUUGCCAUUGCACGAAUGCAAUCAUUCGAUGCUUUAUUGAAUUCCCUGCACCAGGAUCAUGAACAAAAUAGUUCCAUACUGGCAGUGAUCAGUCAUACAGUUGAUAUUUGUAAGAUGAUCCAGGCUGUUCAGUCGUUCUGUGUCUUGCUUCAGAGUAAUAGAAUAUUGGAGGAGAAGCUGGCCAGUGUCCGCAAAAGCAGAAUGGAAGUGCGACUCUUGCAACAGGAGCUUUUCAAAAAAGUGAAAAUAACCGAAGAAAGGAAAAAUAAACUGCAAGAGAUCGAAAUGAAGACCCAGGUUGUAGGAAAGGAAAACAUGGACACAGUUGCAAAUAAAGUGAUCAUAAUUCAAGAGAUUUUUCAGCGGUGCAUUCUGAGUACACACACAGACUGGUCAGAGGACCCACAUUUAACACGUCUGCUGUUGAAGAUGAAGGACUCUCCUUUUCAAUGACAAGCUGUAUAUAUUUUUCUAGAUUCAUCUUUGUUUUUUAAAUCUCUGCUAUUAAGAAUACAUUUAAAAUAAUUGUGCUUUUUCAUUCUGUAACUGAAAUGUUAAAAUAAAAACUUUUUUCUUAACGUCAA